AGUCACUGGCCAGGUGAAAGAUAAUGGGGAAUAAAGACUUCUCAGACAGAGAGAGAAAGAAAGAUAGAUAGGAAAGUAAGAGAGAGGACCGUCUUUCAUGUUUCCUUUCCGAUUGUGGUUUCGCUAACAUCGUCUGUUCCUUCUUCUGCAAGCAUUUUUCUUCUAUUUCAGCGAAGAAUAAAGCUAGGUUUUCCAUCGAGGUAAUGAGACUACUAUGUAGGAGCCUCGAGGUUUUGAAGAUGGGAAGCGUAAACUACUUGGAUGCACUUAAGCUUCAGGAGAAGCUCGUCUCUGAUAGAAAACUGGGGAAAAUUUCAGAUACAAUUUUGUCAUUGCAACAUCCACCUACAUACACACUAGGGAAACGACGAACUGAUCACAAUUUGCUAGUUUCCAAGGAUGAGCUCCAGAGUAUGGGAGCUGAGCUUCACUACACAGAGAGAGGGGGAGACAUAACAUUCCAUGGUCCGCAUCAAGCUAUCUUAUAUCCCAUUAUUUCUCUGAAAGAUAUAGGAUUCGGUGCUCGGAAGUAUGUAGAAAAUCUCGAACUGACAAUGAUUGAAUUGGCAUCUUUGUAUGGUGUGAAAGCUCGUGUAGGAAGCAAAUGCGAGACAGGGGUUUGGGUAGGAGAGAAGAAGAUAGGAGCAAUUGGGGUUCGAAUCUCGUCAGGGGUUACAUCUCAUGGUUUGGCUUUUAACAUCGAUCCCGAUCUUAAUUAUUUUAAGCAUAUUGUACCUUGUGGAAUUGCCAAUAAAGGAGUUACAUCAUUGAGAAGAGAAACAAAGUUAGAACUUCCUAGUGAAGAAGUGCUUCAUGAACAACUGGUUUCUUCUUUUGCGAAAUCUUUUGGUUUUACGAACCUGAUGUGGAAAGAAAAUGUAGCCGACAUUGUCGGGAACUUCAGAAAUUAAAUGAGCAUUUCAAGAUUGUGUCAGUCAUUAAUCUAUGGAACCAGGUUUGGUUUUUUAUCCUUA